GGCAGCAAUACGCCACCACAACGUCUCGUUUCUCCGCUCAAUUGCUCCAAUUUCCUGCCUCACGUUUCUCUGAGGAAGUAUUUAAGGUAGACGUUUUUUAAAAACAUUUCUUCUACCUCUUCACAUACUACAAUAUAAUGAAUGAAGAAUUUAGUGUUUGUUCAACAUUUUUCCUGCUACCCAAAAAGUUAAGGAUGACCUGCCUCAGGGUUUACCUGCGGAACUCACCUCCAGCAUCGUCCUUCCUCCUCAGUAUCCACGGUCAGCUGAAGCUGUCGGUCGUCCAUGAGCCUGACGGACUCGUUGUCAGUGUUUUGGAGGCCAGGGGCAUGAUGGAGGCGCUCCAGGAGUCAUGUGACUCUUACGUAAAGGUGGGCAUGUGUCCCAACAGCGAUCCUGACGGCAGAUUCAAGACUCAGAUGGUUCCUCACUGUAGAAAUCCCGUCUUCUUACAAACCUUCCACUUUGUUGUCUGCGAGGGCGACCUUCAUAAGAGACUGCUCUUCACAAUGUGGAACUCAAACUCCACAACAAGGAUCAGUGCUCUGCUGGGCUGCGUGAGCUUCGGGGUUCGCUCACUAAUGGACCCAGACAAGGAGGUUCAUGGAUGGUUCUACCUACUUGGGGAAGAGCUGGGGAAGAAGAAGCAUCUGAAAGUGCCCACACAACCAAACUACCACAGAGUUGAGGCUGUGCUGUCAAACCAUGGUGCUGCACCCGAGACCAGUCGCCCCGAGAAUAUGCAAUGCUUAACAGUCACCAUCCUUCGAGGAAAGGAUGGAUACGGCUUCACCAUCUGCUCUGACUCCCCUGUGAGGGUCCAGGCUGUUGAUCCAGGUGGUCCUGCAGAUUUAGCUGGUCUCCAGCAGCUGGACACUCUUCUGCAGCUCAACGGUCAGCCGGUGGAGCAGUGGAAGUGUGUAGACUUAGCUCAUGCUAUCAGGAACAGUGUCAGUGAGAUCACGGUGGUGGUGUGGCGCACCGGACCCUCAGCCAAGCCUAACUUUGACGGCCUCAUUCACCGGCCUUCAUACAAACCAUCCACCUCAAACUAUGACACGCCUUCGCCCCCCACUCGCAGACGUGCACCGGACGUCGGCACGAGCAAAACCCCCCCGGUUGUUCCACCCCUUCCGGCCCACCACCGCACCACCCGCAGACUGCUGGUCAACGGCUCUGAGACCGGAACCGGCGGUGGUUUGGGAAUAGGAACACUUGCAUGGGGGGCCCAGGGGGGGUCGUCUGAGGAGCUGGACGGGGGCCCGCGGCUCCUCAACCACCCUCACACCACCACGCUGAAGGGUACCAGGGUGAAGGCCUCCAACGGGGACAACUACAUCAUUCUGGCGCCAAUCAACACCGGAAGCCAGAUCUUAAGGCCUGUUUACCAAGACAACCAGGGAACGAUAGCUGCCAGACUCUACACCGCCAGAGGACGGCAGUCCUCCAGUCCUCAAUCGCAGGGAGGUGGUGGUCUUGGUGGUGGUCACAGUUCUUUUUCCGGAGUUGUCGGAGGAGAUGGUGGCGGUGGUGGUGGUCCUGGUGGUGGUCCUGGUGGUGGUGGUUUCUCAAGUCGAACCAGCUUCUUAAGACGGUCCAACAACUCCAAGUCGAAGUCGUCUCACAGCUCCACCAACGCUGGUUUCUCAAACUACCAUCAGCAGAGCUCUAACUUUGCCAAUUACCAGAACUGUACCAUCGUCCGCUCACAUGCUCCACACGCCAACUACGGAUAUGUCAAAGCGGCUCCUAAGAUCCUCAUCUUCCCCAUCUUUGUCCAGCCUGUUGACCUGUGCAGCCGAACACUCAUCCUCUCCGAGGAGAUGAUACUGCAUGAGAGCAAACACCACUCACUCAAAGUCACAGUGUUUGUCUACAACGAUCUGAUGCUGGUGACCAGAGAGGACGAGCCCGGCCGCUGUAACGUCCUCCAGAGUCCCCUGUACCUCAGACAGCUGCGGCUGCAGGACGAUUACAUCCAAGAGCUGAGGUUCUACCUUAUUCACAUGACCGAGGUAAGAGGACGAAUAUUUUCUACAUUUGUUGUUGAAAAAAAAAAAAAACAUCGUGUGUGUCAGUGUCUUAAGGACAACAUUGACAAGCAGCUCCAGCUUCACAGAAGGGAGGCUGCCGUUCCACAUUUUGAGCAGAUGUUGGAGCCUAAGGUGGAUGCCCCUUCAUGUGAGCUGGACGGAGUCGGAGGAGAUCGAGGAGGUGUUUGCCUCCACCUUCCUGCCCGUGGUUCAGAAGGUGAGGAAAGCAGUGUAUAUCCUUCAAGCCCCUCGGAGCCUCCGACCCUCGGCAGCCCUCACCCCUCAGAGUCCCUCACCCCUUUGGAGGAUAUCUACAUGCCCCUGGGUAGCCUUCUGGGGUCUGAGGAGCAACAUAAGGUACCUCCUACACCUCCUCCCUCCACCGAGGGUGAGGAUUGCAAGAGCAUAGAGGGACAUGAGAUGGAAAUCUGGAGAGAGGAGAAGAGCAGAGAGGAUGAAGAGGAAGAUGGUAUGAGUAGGAAGAGUAUUUUCAGUGAAGGAGAGGAGAAGGACGGAGGAGAGGAGGAGGCCAAUGAGGAGGAGGUCAACCUGAACCUGCUGGUGUCAAACACAGAUGAAGACAACGCCUCAGAGCCGCCGGACACAAACGCCCCACCUUCCUCCUCCUCCUCCUCUUUUGUCAUCCCUGAACUGCGCCUCGACCGCUCCUACAGCGCCGACGCCCUCUCCUCGCCCAACACCGACGAGGAGGAUUACGAUGAAGACGACGAAGAUGAGUCCGAGGAGGAGGACGAGGAGGGGGACAGUGACGACGCCUACCUGCAGCGAACUGACAGCAAGCGGCGCAGCAUGGUGGAGGGCGCCACCUGUGAGAAACACGGAGGAGGCGGGCUCAGGGUGCAGAACUCCCUGCGCAGACGCACGCACAGCGAGGGCAGCCUCCUGCAGGAUCCGCGCACGCCGUGCUUCACCUCUGACAACGCCAUCAACUGCCUGGAGGCCGGAGGAACUCACCACAAGGGGGGGUGGACUCUGCCGUCGCCCAAAACCCUGAAGAAAGAGCUGACCAAGAACGGAGGCUCCAUGCAUCAGCUGUGCAUGCUGUUCUCUGGGAGGAAGCUGAGCUCCGGAUCCCCCUGUAGCUGUGAGGUCGGCCCGGACGGGACAAAGAAGAAGAAGAAAUCCAAGAACCUGGCAAAAGACAUGAAAAAUCGACUGGCGUUCCUGCGAAGGAGGAAUGAAUCCCCGGGAAGCAACGCGGCCAGUAAACUGGACAAGGCCAUGAAGUCCGUCAAGCCCACCCCAGAGGAGGCACUGAAGUGGGGGGACUCACUGGACAAGCUGCUGACUCACAAAUAUGGUCUGGCAGCGUUCAGAGCGUUCCUGCGCACAGAGUUCAGCGAGGAAAAUCUGGAAUUCUGGCUAGCCUGCGAGGAAUACAAGAAGAUCAAGUCACAGUCCAAGAUGGCGUCCAAAGCCAAGAAGAUCUUUGCGGAGUACAUCGCCAUCCAGUCCUGUAAAGAGGUCAACCUGGACUCCUACACCAGAGAUCACACCAAGGAGAACCUGCAGAAUGUGACGCGCUCCUCCUUCGACCUGGCGCAGAGGCGGAUAUACGGGCUGAUGGAAAAGGACUCGUACCCUCGGUUCCUCCGCUCAGAACUCUACAUGGACUUAAUCAACCAAAAAAAGCCCAGCUCCACGAGCGCUCCAACGUCGUCGUAGGAGACUGAGAGAAAAGACAAGACGGAGGGAGAAGGAGGAGAGGGGAAAGAAAAGAGGAGCAGACUUGAAAAAAACAAACCACACACAUGUUGGUGGGAGUGAUGUUGUGAGGGUCUUAGUUCUUUUUUAUUUUAUUUUUUUUUAUUUGUCAUGAUGUGUGUGCGUGUGCGUGUCGUUGGGUCCACUAAUAUUCGAUGACUGAUGAGGUUUGUUUAUGGCACUGCAAAGGAAUGUAGUUUACACAGUUCCCAGGUGAAUGGAUGAGUGGAAGGCACCGAUGGACGGGUGCAUGGAUGUUCCUGUAAAAAUACAGAAGCCCAGGAGCAGAAGCUGGUUACUUGUCUGAUCACUGCUGAGUUUUGUUUUUUGUUUUUUUUUUUCAUCAUCGUUGUAUAGAAAAUAAAAACACACAUGUUUGUGUUCUGAAUCAGUUGUACUGGAGAACAGGAGGAGGGUGGACUUUAGUCAGACCUGAAGACAGUCCGGUACUGUUUUGUCCCAUUGUCCUCUGUUGUUUUGUCAAGAACUUUACAUCGUUACUCCUCUCCUCCGUCACGACCACGUGAAGCCACGUCUUCAGCCGCCGGUACGACUCCACGUCUCACUGCUGGUUUUCCCUUGGAAAUCUGCGACGGAGACGGAAACGCUUGACGCCACACGCUCUCACGACGCUUCAAUAAACAACUCUCACCGUAACGGUGGAGACGACGAAGACGAAUUUACAGCAGGACGCACAGCCAAACGACUUCUCCUACAAUGCCGUCGCUCCAUUCUGGACCGUGAGGAAGCUUUUCUCAGGACAUUGCUUUGAAAUGUUUCGCCUCCGCCCAAAAAAACUCCAGCUGUUUUCUGUUGUCCCUUCAUGCCGCCCUGUUGUGUCUUUCCGACCUGCACUCCAAUAGUUCUACUGAGCAAUACUCCACAGGUCACCUGGGUCACAGUCCCACAAAGAACUGCUCCACGUUGUACAAACGUUCAUGUAUUUAUUCUGACAUUCAUCCGGCCCGGACGCCCUCGCCGCCUCCAAAGCACUCGGCUCAACGCUCGCUCACCUUCCUCCUCCAAACACCAAACAUGCACAGAGCUGUCCUGAACUUUUAAGUGCAAUAUUUUUUUAAAAUUUUAUUUUAUUAUUGUUUUGGUUCUGUUCAUUUAUUCCUGGCAUGUGUUGAGUUUUUAUGUGGAACACAAACCGCUUAAGCUCUGUAUUAACUUUAUUUGUUUAAGAAAAAGACGAAAAACUUAGAGCUAUAUGGUUGACUUACAGUGUAACGAGAGAACUUUCCAGAACCGUUAGUAGUUCAGUAAAUUUUAAGUCUAAUUGUUUGUGUCGACCCCUCAGCAGCAGGCAGCUGGGGCUGUUGUAAAUAGAGUUCUUUAAGAAAAUUAUGUGAUAACACAUUUAAAAAAUAAAAAUAAAAACAAAAAAAAUGCUGAAAGGUCUCUGCCGGCGGUGAACGCGGGGCUCGGCUGUAUUUCUGUAAAUAUGAGAGACUCAAAACUAUAAGAUGACAUGAUAUGUUUAAAUAACGUAUAGAGGAGCAGGGGCAGGUACAAUCUGCUCUUCUUCCUGGUCAUACACUGCUUGUAAGGAGUUUUUCUGAAAUGCAUUUUUAUCAUUUCCACUGUUUACAAUCCAAACUGCAUCUCUGGUUAUCACAGGUUCCCAAACAGUAGAUUCCAUUUGGUGUCAUCGCUAAUGAGUAAUAAACCAACCAGCUGAUGAAGCGAG